AUGGCGUCUUUUCUGAGCCGCGUGUUUUCUGGUGACUCUGCGUACCUGAUGUACUCCCGCCUCGUGCGCACCAAACCCGUGGGCUCCAUGGGACAGUCCGGGGACGAGCUCACGGAGAUGGGCGACUCCUCCUCCGGUGUGGGGCUGGCCAAGGUGCUGACCACGGCGGACCUGGUGUCUCUGGGCGUGGGCAGCUGCGUGGGCACGGGCAUGUACGUGGUCUCCGGGCUCGUGGCAAAGGCGAUGGCGGGGCCCGGGGUCAUACUGUCGUUUAUCAUCGCAGCGGUGGCUUCGGUUCUCUCUGGGGUGUGUUAUGCUGAAUUCGGUGUCCGUGUCCCAAAGACCACUGGCUCGGCAUACACCUACAGCUAUGUCACGGUGGGAGAGUUUGUGGCGUUCUUCAUUGGAUGGAACCUUAUCCUGGAGUAUCUGAUCGGGACUGCGGCAGGGGCAUCAGCGCUUAGCAACAUGUUCGACUCUUUGGCCAAUCACACCAUCAGCCAAUACAUGAUCACACACCUGGGAACACUACGAGGGCUGGGUAAAGGUGAGGACACAUACCCUGACCUCUUGGCUCUCUUCAUUGUGCUCCUGGUUACUGCGGUCAUUGCUUUGGGUGUCAGAAACUCCGUCGGCUUCAACAACGUCCUGAACGCAGUUAACCUGGUCGUGUGGAUCUUUAUGAUCAUCGCUGGACUCUUCUUCCUCUCAGCCCGAAACUGGGAGGGAGGCAACUUUCUGCCUUACGGAUGGUCUGGGGUGAUGCAGGGAGCAGCCACCUGUUUCUACGCCUUCAUUGGUUUCGACAUCAUCGCAACAACCGGAGAAGAGGCCAAAAACCCAAACACCUCUAUCCCAUAUGCCAUCACCGCCUCACUGGUCACAUGUCUCACUGCUUAUGUCUCGGUGAGUGUGAUCUUGACUCUGAUGGUGCCCUAUGACCUGAUCGAUGGCUCUGCUCCGCUCAUGGAGAUGUUUGCCGUUCAUGGUUUUCUUUGGGGGAAGUACAUUGUGGCUGCAGGCUCUGUGGCUGGACUCACUGUGUCUCUGCUCGGCUCGCUGUUCCCGAUGCCCAGAGUCAUCUACGCCAUGUCCCGUGAUGGACUGCUCUUCAGAUUCUUGUGUCAUGUAUCCGCCUUCACUCACACUCCGGCUGUGGCCUGUGUUAUUUCGGGCAUUUUCGCCGCCAUCUUGGCUCUCCUGGUCAGCCUCCGUGACCUUAUCGAGAUGAUGUCUAUCGGCACGCUGCUAGCAUACACCCUGGUUAGCGUCUGCAUCCUUUUACUGCGCUACCAACCUGACGAAACCACGGACACACACCAAUUCAGAUCCGAAGAUACCGAGGACAUUAAACAACUCGAAGAUGGAGAUUUUCCCAAUAAAGAUGAUCGAAAACUUAUAGACAAUGAGAAUUCAUCUUAUCACGCUGGAGGGACAGAGGGAGAAGGAGAUGACUCUGAUUUCCACACAGGGCACGCCUCUUUAUUUAAACGGCUUCUUGGAGGUCAUUAUUACACAAUCCGGAUGUGGUUGAGAAUGCCAGACGCCUCCGCCCGCCCUACGCCAAUCACUGGACGCACAGUGACAAGAUGCACCCUCUCAUUCUUCAUCUGUAGCUUUUUCAUGUGGUCUUCAGUCAUUUUCGGAGUGGAGCAGGGGUCAGGAUUUGGGGCAGUAUUUUCAGGGAUAAUGGCGGCGUUGGUAUGUGGGACGCUGGUGAAGUUGAUGGUGACGAUCUUGCAGCAGCCCGAGAGCCCGCGCCGGCUGCCAUAUAUGGCGCCAUGUGUACCUUUUGUCCCUGCGGCGGCCAUCUUGGUGAACACGUACCUAAUGCUGAAGCUGAGGCCGCUGACGUGGAUACGGUUUACCAUCUGGUGUCUCAUUGGUUUGCUGAUUUACUGCUGUUACGGUGUAUGGCACAGCACUCUGGAGCUUAAUGCUCAGGAGGAGCAGGCUCAGGCCAGUACCUACCAACGAUAUGACAACCACCUGGACGAUACAUUCUCCCCUGAAUUUUACCCAGAAGAGGGCGACAGCGAGCAGCCGUAUCAGGGCUGGUCAGCACCCGAGGAGAGGGGCUACCACUACAACACCCAAAGGAACCUCCCAGGGCAGGAAGUCCCAUAUGAGGAGGGGGAGGAAGAGGAGGAGGAAGAGGAGGGAGAGGGAUAUGGGUACCAGUCUGCACCCAGAGCAAAGUACAAGAACUCAAGAGGAAGGACCAACCGGGGCUUCUUUGAUGAUGAGGAUUAA